UUCUUGAUCUCGCAGGAGUGGAGUCAAGCGACCCUGACAGGGAACUGUGUUGUGCUUAACUCUGCACUGCGCACUGGAACCUUGCUGGACCGGUACGUGACUGAACGAUUGAAUAGACCAGUUAACAAGUUUACUAUGGUAACGUAAAAAAAUCUUCUUGAAUUAAUUGUGAUACAAUGAUUACAAACGUGGUUACAACGAAACUGACAUUAUGUUCGACAACUGUUAGAAAUGUUUUAUCGCUUGUCAGAUAAUUUUGUCCAAUACGGGGAAGAACAUUGGAUGAAGUGAAGGAAACGAACUUGGGAUUUGUGCCAAACCAUAGACCAACAUGAGCAACUUAGCAGUGGGAUUCCAUAAUCGGCUUCUGCAAGAACUGGAGUGUCCAGUCUGUAUGGAGUACAUGAUGCCACCCAUCAUGCUUUGCAACAAUGGGCACAACCUCUGUUGUAACUGUAGGGUAACACUGGAUAAGUGUCCAAUCUGCAGGGGACCGUUCCUGAAGGUGCGAAACGUUUCCCUGGAGAACAUAGCAACAGAAACAUUGUAUCCUUGCAAAAACACCCUGAGAGGGUGUACAAAACUGCUCACUAAAAACCUAAUUAGACCUCAUGCAGAUGAGUGUACGUUUGAUAAUCACAAGUGUCCAUUUGCCAAGAUAUCAAAUACAGGGUGUAAUUGGAGAGGUACUUUGGAUACUGUGAGGAGACACGUUGAAGCCAAUCACAAAGGAAGUUGCGUCCAGCGUGUAUCAAGGAAAUUCAAAACUGUGCUCCAUAACGUGUCGUGUUCCCAGAGGUACUACCAAGCCAUAAUAACAAUGGAUGAACUGUUUUAUGUAAGCUGGAGGGUGCAAAGCGGUGUUUUCUACUGUGCUGUGUUUUAUAUUGGACCAAAGAAAGGUGCUAAUAACUUCAGAUACAGGUUUUCAAUUUCAACGAAAGAUGGAGACACUUAUUCCGCCUCGUCUCUGACUCACAGUUAUUAUGAAAAUGUAAAUGACGUUUUUCGACAUGGAAAAUGUGUCAUGCUGGAUUACAGCGCUGUGCAGAGGUCAUGUUCUGAGAACAAAGACUUACCAUUCCGAAUGGAAAUCUCUGUGGUGUGAAUACAUAAGAUAAAGUCUGUAAACUGUGAUAAGAGAUAUCGCUGUGACUGAACAUCCAUUUUUAAAAAUAGUUCUAAUGUAUAAAAUGAUGAAGACUGCCAUCUUCUGGCAUAUAACGCCGAAUCAACCGACGUCUCGGAGAACAAUAUCGUCUCCAUCUUCAGGGUCUACAAAUAAUCUGAGCAAGACAGUACUAACUCUGCUCGAUACCUGCUUUCACGCUGGUAUCUUGUUUGGCUUAUUCGACCAUAGAGGCGAUAUAUACCUCCGAAACGUCAGUUGGCUUUCAACGGACUACACGGCGUUAUAUGCCAGUAGACAGUAAGUACCCUUCAUAAACACCGGUGUGACAAUCUAAAAUCCUACGUGUAAAAUAAUGAUGAGAAAGAAUUAUAUUACUUACUUACUUACUCA